AUGGCUAUCGUGGAGCGCUGCUGCAUCGGCCCAUUAUCGUUGCGGUCAGAGUCAGAGCUCGAGUCAGUGUUGUCGGAUGGUCUGCGAGUGUUGGGACUGUGGCUAAGAUUCAUCGCGGCUGCUGGUGCGACCAGUGCGGGGGUGGAUGAGUGUGGUACUGAUCUUAUCUUUGGGGAGGGCGAUGAUGCAUUCAAUGCUGAUCGAUUCUUGAGGAUCGUACCUGAAGUCCUAUUCGCGACUCUGGCACAGCAGACAGUCGCCUGGUCCACAGUUGAGUGGAUGACCGAAGCAGCCGAACAGUUACCCAAGGCAGUCGAGGCAUUGCAGAGAUGGGAUAAGGAAGGAGAGUCCUCCUCAUUGUCGUUGGCAGUACAAGCUCUCGCCAGCAGUCUUGCUAGAUCGGGGCAUAGCAGUGCUGGCCAGAAGCUGGCGCGGGCUAUACUGCAAGCCUUCGCGAGUUUACUGCACAACUCCUACAGUCCUGUAGACUCGGCUGAGUAUUCGUCCACCACCAUGGCUUUGGCUUUCACAGACGGCCCGCCUCAGCAGCGUACUGCGGGCUAUUACGAUAGUCCUACUCAAACGCCUGAGGUGGUGGCUAGACAGAUUGGGGAAGUCUGGAGAAGGAAGGUCUUGAAGGCACUGGAAGAACAGUGCCGGAGGGAAGCGGGUAUGGGUCUAGUUCAGCUUCUUGUUGAGAAGUGCCGUGCGAACCAGUCGCCACUACGAUAUGAUACCAACGCGCUCAAACUCCUAGUUGAACUGAGCCGUGCUACGGACAUCGCAGCUGCCGAAGAGAUGCUCGCAGUAUUAGAUGAAGAUGGUGGAGCACAGCAACACCUGUUAUACGAGGCCCUAGCUCUCGCCACUGCCAACCGGUGUUCUGUCCUGAAGAGUGAUGGUGAUGGCAUCCUAUCAAUAGGCCUGGUAUUCACCAUGGUGAGCUCUACGCUGGCCACGAGGGGGAGGGGUGGUCGUAGUAGUCUAACACAGAAGGAGAGAGUUGAGGAAUUCUUGGACAGGGCGGUGGCUGCUGCUCGGAGUGCUAAGGACUGUCAGCAAACUCUGUCCCUUCCCGCGUUAUUCAUGUUUCUGGCGUAUCUGCUAUCAGUAGUGGUGUCACUCACCACGGCGUCGGACCUGCCCAGGUCGGAGAUCAAGGCUAUGCUGUUGUCCUCUGGUAUUGUAGAAGCGUUCGUUUAUGAGCUGUGCUACAUCGGGUCCUCAUUGAUGCCCAGGAGUAGCAAUCCACACGUGGCUAAGGUGGCUGAGCUGGUCCGGAAAAUAGAGGGGGUUCAUAUAGGAGGGUACACCACAGGGUCGGCGAUGGACUCUGUGAUGCGGCACGACUAUAGGGAAGUUCUGGAGCCCAGAAUAUUCCUGAGGACAUUUCUGGUACUUGCUCGUGGGCUACGCACGAUACGGCCGAAAGGAGAUGCGGAGAUUUCCACACGGCUACUACUCGAUACAGCGGUGGCGGCGUCAGGAGCGCUGUCAGAUGAUAGGAGUGGCAACCUCACUAAUGAGUUCAUCGAGGCCCGGGUUAUCGCCUGCCUGUGCCAACUGCUGUCGGAAUUUUCCGAUAUCCCUACAGAGGCUGUGACGUUGUUCUCAUGCUUGGUCCUUCAUCACAACUCUCUGGCAGGCCAGUUCGUGGCUGCGGCCGGUUUGCAGCUGUUCAAGAAAUUUGCCGUUUUGUCAAGUCCUGAGGAUCAAGCCUUAGUGGAUGCUCUGUUGGUCGUAUCCCACAUAGCCCGUCAGAGUAAAGACUUUUAUUCGGCGAUUGAGAAGAUGUCUCCAUACGAGGCACUCCGUGACAACUGCGCUCAUGCUUCACCUGAGGUCCGAGCUAAGACCUGCAACGCAAUCGGUAACAUGGCCCGGCAUUCUGACUUCUUCUAUAGAGCCUUCAAAGAGCACGACCUGGUUGCGGCCCUACUACCCUUGUGUUCGGACCCGGACCCAACAGUGCGGAAGUUCGCGUCCUUCGCUCUGGGCAACUCAGCCUUCCACAGUGCUGGCUUGUAUCACCACUUGAAGCAAGCACUGCCGUACUUGGUAGAACUACUGAAUACAGAAGAGGACGAGAAGACUCGAGCCAACGCGGCGGGGGCGCUCGGCAAUCUAGUGCGGAAUAGCAAUGAACUGGUCCUUCCUAUGAUCGAGAUGGGGUGUAGUAGAGCGAAGACUACUAGCGUCUCCAUUGCAGUCGGGGCCGGCCGACUCCUCAGUGAAGAUAUCCCUCUUCUCCCUCGGGAAUCUGGCGGUCCAUCGACACUGUAA